AUGAAUUGGCACCUAUCGCGUAAGACGGGCGCAAUGCUGCGCAUCGUUGAUCGUGGUACCUCGAGCGUUUCCAAUAUCCUCAAUUACCUCCUCUUCAAUAUUAUCCCAACCAUAGUUGACAUAAUUGUCGGCAUCAUCUACUUCAUCACAGCCUUCAAUUUCUGGUACGGACUCAUCGUCUUCAUCACCAUGUUGGCCUAUCUGGGUGAGUAG